CUACGAUAUGUGGCGUUCCAUCAAGGAAAGACGCUCUUAAAAUCCUUGACCGUGACGGUUUCUCGGCCUUACAUUUUGCCGCCAUGGACGGUAACAAGAAGGCCGCCAAGAUGCUACUGCUGCUGGGGGCCGACGGGAAGCAAAAGUCACGUGACGGCAACACGGCACUGACUUUUUCGAUAGCGUUCAACCACGGCAAGUUCUCGGAGUUCAUCCUCCCGUAUUCAGACAUCAACUCGAGGGACGAAGACGACGACACGGCGCUCAUGUUCGCGGCUUGGAGGGACCAGGACGCGCUCGUCUCCGAGAUGAUCGCCUACGGGGCGGAUGUCAACAGCCGAAGCCGACACGGCAGCACGGCCUUGUGGAACGCCGUCUACCGCUCAAGUCGAGAUUCCGUUCUUGUGCUGCUCCAGAACAAUGCUGACAUGGGAAUCCGCUGCGAGGGCACGCAUUUAUUCCUCACGCCAACCGACAGCAUGGAAGAAGGGGAGAUCAAAAAGAUUUACCCGGGACACAGGCGUUCGUUGCUGUGGGUGGCGGCUGAGAUGGCUAUGAAUGUGAAAACGAGAGCGAAAAGUCUGGCCAUCAUUUCUCUGUUGCUCCAGGCUGGCUACGACGUGACCGGGGAUCAUUGGAUAAAACGAAUUCGUGACCCUAAUGUCUCCAGCAGUGACGUGCCCAUGAGGUUCCGAGAUGAUAACUCUCUGGCCCGGCUGCUUAUGUAUUUCUACAACAGACCGCUUCAACUGAGAGACAUCUGUCGGAAUAAGCUAAGGAAACUGCACCAGAGCUGCACUCUCAGACACCGUGUGCCGUAUGCCCAGUGGGUUUCUGAAGCUGGUUUGGGAAACAGAUGCCUCAGAGACUUCGUGUGUCUUUUGUACCUGGACGACACCUGAAUCAGUUACGCGUAAUACUUAAAGAUACGGAAUGUGGCAGAGAACCAUUAGUAAAUUCUUCCUCUGAGGAUGAGAUAGAACUGAAAUUUUCCAUCCCAGGAAUCAUACCCUUUCAUCGCACGUGAUGCCAACCAGUGGGUGAAAAGGAA